AUGGCCAUUCUUAAUUUUUCAAGAGCUAAUGCAACUGCUUGCAACCUACAAGGGGAACCAGUAUAUCCACAUCUGUGGAAUGAUGGGGAUAUCAUAGUUGGAGGUAUUUUUCCCUUACAUAGUCGUUGGGAGAUCACAGAUUUGUCCUUUUCAGCCAUUCCACCUCCACUGAAGUGCAUAAGUCUUGAUUUCACAGCCUUACAGUCUUCACUGACUCUGAUCUUUGCAAUAGAGGAGAUCAACAACAGUUCAUCGUUACUGCCUGGAAUCACACUGGGCUACAGGGUAUAUGAUACAUGCAGCUCUGCAUCAGUGGGAGUUAAAAUGGCUAUGGCACUUGUGAACGGGAAUGAGAACUCGAUCUCAGGUGAGCCCUGUACAAAGCCAGCAGAGGUGCAAGCUAUAAUCGGUGAGGCUUAUUCAUCAGUGUCCAUGGCUAUAGCAAAGACUAUCGGGCCUUUCAGCAUUCCACUAAUCAGUUACUUUUCCACCUGUGAGUGUCUCAGUGACAAACGGAAAUACCCAUCAUUUUUGCGCACUAUUCCUAGUGACUCCUUCCAGAGCCGAGCCCUGGCAGAGGUGGUCAAGCACUUUGGCUGGACCUGGGUGGGAGCAAUAAGAAGAGAUGAUGACUAUGGUAACAGCGGGAUGGCUGCAUUUACUAAAGCUGCAGAGCAACUGGGCAUCUGCUUAGAAUAUUCUCUUCCAUUUUCCAAAACCUAUUCACAAGAAAGAGUGAUGGGAAUUGUCGAGCAAGUCAAAAGUGCCAGCUCUCGAGUUAUUGUGGGAUUUCUUGGUACUCGUGAGCUAGAGAUCUUGCUCAGUGUUUUUUUCGAGCACAACAUCACUGGAUUCCAGUGGGUAGGAACGGAGGGUUGGAUCUCUGAUUCGGAACUGGUCGUAAAAGAUAAGAACAAUAUGCUACAGGGAGCUAUUGGACUGGCCAUUCCGAAAACAAAGGUCACAGGUCUCAAAAGCUUCUUUUUAGAUAUAAGACCACUAAAAUCCGCAAGCAAUAUCAUUUUUAAUGAAUUCUGGGAGACUCUUUUUAAGUGCAAAUUUGGAGCGCAGAACAAUUCAGACAUUUCAGUGUGCACAGGGAGGGAAACUCUCGAGGUGGAGAGCAUCUUCAGUGAUACUUCCUUGAUGCCUAUUUUCAGUAAUGUGUAUAAAGGAGUAUAUGCUAUAGCCAGUGCCUUACACAACUUUCUUGGGUGUCAACAAACAUGUCCUAAAAAGACUCAGCCUGAUCCUCUGACAUUUCUACGACAUCUUAAAAAGGUGCAUUUUAAAAGCAAAGAAGGUGAAGAGGUUUACUUCGAUGAAAAUGGUGAUCCUCCUGCAAAAUAUGAAAUAAUAAACUGGCAGGUAAAUACAGAAUAUCAGCAUGAAUUUGUGACUGUCGGACUUUAUGACAGCUCCUCUCAUGAGCACUUAACAAUAAAUAUGACAUAUAUUGUUUGGGCACAGAAUGACACUCAGGUCCCAAAGUCUGUAUGCAGUGAGAGUUGCCCACCUGGCACAAGGAAAGCUGUACAGAAAGGAAAACCCAUUUGCUGCUUUGACUGCAUACCAUGUGCUGAAGGAGAGAUCAGUAAUAUGACAGACUCUAUUACAUGUGAACAAUGUCAGCAAGAUUACUGGUCAAAUCCUCAGAGAGAUGAAUGCGUAAAGAAAGAGGUUGAAUAUCUUUCAUACGAGGAAACCAUGGGAAUUUUGCUAACAGCAGCAUCUAUACUUGGUGCAUUAAUGACACUUAUAAUAACGAUUAUAUUAUUUAAAUAUAGAAAUACCCCAAUAGUCAAAGCCAACAACUCUGAACUGAGUUUCCUGCUGCUCUUCUCACUGACUUUGUGUUUCCUUUGUUCACUUACUUUCAUUGGUCAGCCUUCUGGUUGGUCCUGUAUGCUGCGGCACACAGCGUUUGGUAUCACAUUUGUACUCUGUAUCUCCUGCGUUCUGGGAAAAACAGUGGUCGUGUUAAUGGCCUUCAGAGCUACACUUCCAGGCAGUAAUGUCAUGAAAUGGUUUGGGCCUCCACAACAAAGGCUCAGUGUUCUUGUCUUUACUCUCAUACAGGUCCUUAUUUGUGUGCUUUGGUUGACAAUAUCUCCUCCAUUCCCCUUUAAAAAUUUUAAGCGAUCCAAAGAAAAGAUCAUUCUAGAAUGUCAUUUGGGAUCAGCUAUAGGUUUUUGGGCUGUGCUGGGUUAUAUAGCACUUUUAGCACUGUUAUGUUUUAUUUUGGCUUUUUUGGCCCGGAAGCUUCCUGAUAACUUUAAUGAAGCGAAAUUCAUCACAUUCAGCAUGCUCAUAUUCUGUGCAGUUUGGAUCACUUUUAUUCCAGCUUAUAUAAGCUCUCCUGGAAAAUUCACUGUAGCUGUGGAGAUCUUUGCCAUUUUAUCAUCAAGCUUUGGGUUACUUUUUGCAUUUUUUUGCCAAAGUGUUACAUAA